UUUAGAUAUUUAAUAAUUCACAUACUGUGAUAAGUGUGUUCUGUUUUAAUCUUCAAAUGUAAAGAAAAUCGUCAGUAUGCUUCGUAUUAUGCUUAUAAUUUAAACCAAAAUUUAACUACACCUCUUGUUAUCAAAAAUUAUUAGGGAAAACGCAAUUAGGAAAAUGACUGGCUUUGCAUUAAAAAUAAAAACAAAAACUGGACAGCAUGUGCUUAGAACGUUGAGUGGUGAAAGUACUGUAGAAAAACUAAAAACGGAAGUCUCAGCAUUGGAAAAUAUACCCAUAAAUCGUUUACAAAUUCUAAGUGGGUUUCCUCCAAAACCGUUUGACCUAACCUCCAACACUACAUUACUAAGCGAACUGGGCAUUAAAUCAGGCGAUACACUAAUUGUAGAAGAAAAAGCGGUAGCAGCAGAAGUGUCCAGUUUUAGUUCUAAAAGCACGGAAGAUGCCAGACAUCAUGUUGCAGAGAAUCAAGACGGCUGUCCUGGCAUAUUAAUGAAAAAAAUUGUACCUGCUGAUAAUUCAUGUUUGUUUACCAGUAUACAUUUUGUACUGAAUGGUAAAGUAGAAAACUCUGAGAGCGUGGCUCCGUUAAUGAGACAAAUGAUCGCGGAAGCAAUUUCGAAAGAUCCUGAAGCUUAUUCCGAGGCCAUAUUGGGAAAACCCAAUCCAGAGUACUGUAAUUGGAUUUUGAAUGAUACCACCUGGGGAGGAGGCAUUGAAAUAGCAAUACUUUCAAAUCAUUUUGGAAUUGAAAUUGAUGUAGUGGACACAACGAACGCCGUCAUUAAUAAGUUUGGAGAAGAUAGAGAUUACGCACAUAGGGUUUUAUUAUUAUUUGACGGUAUCCAUUAUGAUCCUUUAUAUCUAGAAUCUAUAGAGGGUAAUGUAAUUCAAACCAUCUUCCCCGUUGACGAUGACAAAAUUUUGCAAGAAGCUGAGCAAAUAGCAAAAGAAGCCAAAUCGAGCAGGCAGUUUACAGAUGUUAAUAAAUUUAGAGUGAAAUGUAUGAUAUGCAAUAUUUUAAUGAGUGGCCAAGGAGAGGUACAGCAACAUGCUAAAAGUACAGGUCACAUGAAUUUUGGAGAAGUGUGAUCGUAGUAAUAAAAACAUUAUUAAUAAACUGUAUGCAUACAAACGAAGAAACAAAUGACAAGUUUUCAUAUAUGUAGUAAUCACUAAGUACGUGUUUAAUAAAUACUUCCAUAGCACGUUCAAUUCACCAGAUGUAGUAGAGCACUUAUGGGAAAACCGUGCGCUUCACAAACAUAUUCAGUAUUGUCGAUUACAAAAUAAUGUAAUGCCUCACAGGCCUUAGUUUUACUAUUUAAUUGACGUUUUGACACUAGUGUGAGGAACAAUAGUAUAUUAUAUA